UGAGAUGUACUUCAAAUCACACUACUCUGCUGCCACAAGUGGAGUCCAUAAAAACUUCAGAGAAGGUUUACUAUUCAGAGAUCUGCAUCGGGGAAUCGGUAAAAUCAUAUCAACCAUGAAACUUCGAUAUGCCAUGGUUUGUUCGUCGAAUCAGAACCGUAGCAUGGAGGCUCAUUCCCUCCUCAAACGAGAGGGCUUCGAUGUGUCAUCGUAUGGAACUGGGCAACACGUUAAGCUUCCUGGUCCUUCCCUCAGAGAACCCAACGUCUACGACUUCGGUACUCCUUACAAGCAUAUGUUCGAUGACCUCAGGCGCAAAGAUCCUGAGUUAUACAAGCGUAAUGGGAUAUUGCCAAUGCUUAAAAGGAAUAUUUCUGUCAAAUCAGCACCUCAGAGGUGGCAAGAGAAUGCAGCUGAUGGUUCUUUUGAUGUGGUGUUUACAUUUGAAGAAAAAGUGUUUGAUAUGGUUCUUGAAGGGUACUCUGAGUCUCAAAAGAGUAUUAUUCUCAAGUUCGGGGGGUUUGUGAGGAAUUGAAGAUCUACCACCCAUUCAAUACUGAUGCGGCAGUUCUAUAGAAGCAGCGUGAGGAUUUGGAUGAUGUUCGUUUUCUGGGAUAGUCUUCGGGGUGGCCGUGGCAAUCGCGGUGGUUGGGGAGGCCGUAUUGGAGGUUGUACUAGUCCUUGUUCUUGUACUCAUUGUGGUCGUGGGGUUCACACUGUUGAUUAUUGUUGGGAUUUACAUGACAAACCUUGUGGUGCUGCUAAUCAGGAUCUCCAAAUGAAGAAUAAGAUUGGUACGGGACAUGAAGUUGGUGGUAGCUAUACUUUGACUUUCAUCUACCUCCUUGGGCACUUUAGAGCUUGUCAUCUCCUUUUCAGUAGCAUUGUCGUCUUGGGAUCCCUCCCUCCAGAAUAUGAAGCGUUAAGUUUUCAGCCUUAGUUAUGUGUUGUCUAUGUCUUGUAAAGCUUGUCAACUUAGUAAGUAUCACUGUGUGCCGUUUCAAUCUAAAGUUAAUAAUCGUGUGUCUAGUCCGUUUGAGUUGGUACAUUCUAAUAUAUGGGGUUCAGUAAAAAAUAUUUUAUCUAAUAAGUUUUCUUAUUUUGUG